AUGUCUCUCCAGCAGCAUCUCCUCGACCACAGCGUGCACGGCCCCUCCUUCCCCUCCCCGCCCCCCUCAGACAGGUCCACCCCCGAGCUCGACCCGUUCACCCACAGCGCAGCCCUCGACCCCGUAGACUCCCCCAUCACCGACCUCGUCUCCCCCACGUCCUCCGUCCCAGACAUAUCCCACACUCACACACACCCCGCCACCGACGACGACGACACGGCCCAGGCCCUGUCCAAUCACCACCUCCAGCGCUACCUCCACUACAAGGCCCUUGCCGCCCGCGCCGAAGCCGAUCCUGCUCUUGCUGCUUGCCAACACUCAGACAGCGCCCCCACCGACGACCGCAUAGAAGACCUGCUCUCGUCUUACAUGCCCGACUCGGCCCAUUCGUCCCUCUUUAGCAAAGACAGCAUCGUCUCUGGUAACAACAUGCUUGCCUGCCAGCAGCAGCGACAGCAGCAGCAGAUGCCCCAGUCUGCCUACUACCAGGUCGGCCAGUCCAUCAAUACUUGGCAGCACCCGAACACCGUCUUCCGCUUCGAGCCGCAGCCCUCCCAGGCGGUGAUGCACAACGCCCAGGCCCAGGCCCAUCUCCAGGCGGCGGAGGCCGCUCGCUUCCAGGCGGACGAACAGCGCCGCGUCAACAUGUCUACCUACUACAUGGCCCCUCAGCCGGCCGCCCGGUUCGAGCAGUCUUCCCAGGGCGCCAUGUUCCCCCAGCAAGGUAUCACCACGGGCGCUUCUGCCUCGUACGCCAACACCCCCUCGUACCCUGGCGGCGCCAACAUCCUCAUGCACAAGACGCCUUCCAUGUCUGGUUUCACCGUCGCCUCUAGCAGCGAGGAGGGCGAGGACGAGCUGCUCUACUCUUCUGGCGCCGAGGACCCCAAGCCCAUGGUGCCCACGAUCCCUGUGGCCAACGCCCAUGGGGGCGGCCGUGGCUAUGUGCCCGGUCAGACUCCUGACGACCCCAAGAAGAAGCACAAGUGCCAGAUCUGUGGCCGUGGUUUUGCUCGAGCUUUCAACUUGAAGUCUCACAUCCAAACCCACAACCCGCUGCGACCAAAGCCCUAUGCCUGCCCCCACAAUACGUGCAAGCGCGGCUUCUCUCGUCUCCACGAUCUCGAGCGUCAUCGUCAGGGUAUCCACUCUGACGGCCCUCUCGUCGAGGCCAAGCGUCACAACGUGUCGCCCGCCAUCGCCCGUGCUCAGACGAGGAUGCAGGAGCGUGCCGACUCUGGCAGCCUCAUCUAA